AUGGCGACAUCACUAGCAGCCCAACUAAAAAAGCUCGAGGUUCCGCAAACUUCGUUGCUUCUCCAAGACAAAAAGCGCCCGAGUUUGUUAUUCGACCCGAAGGAAGCAGCAAAUCUCGACCUAGAGAAAGUCUUCAAAAUCGGUAAGAGUGGCUUCGACGAGCUUCUAAAACAAUCAGCUGUCUUCGAGCAGUUCGAAUCAAUAUUCUUCUCCGAAAGCUCGCUGAAAUUCGAGCGAGCAGUGCACUCGUCAAUGGAGAACGAAAAACUCGACGCGGUAAUCAAUAAUUUUCUAAUUUACCUUUCGCCUUAUUUUCUACUCCACACCGCGCACAAGACCCUGGAAUGGUUAAUCCGUAGGUUCCGAAUCCACGAGCACAACCAGGACCAAUUUAUAAUGUUAAUCUUACCGUAUCACGACACCAGAAUUUUUGUACGAGCGCUGCAGCUAGUAGACUUGACGAAACCGACCAACAAGUGGCACUGGCUUGAGCCGAUCCAGAAACCCGGAGUCCCACUGUCUUCCCUUGCAGUGGUGAACCGGUUGGCGUGCGACAACAGUUUUCUGAACUUACUCUGCUCCCACGUGCGCAAUGCGACGGAAGUCUAUGGAGUAGAAUCUCACCGGCUGAGUACUCUGUACUCCUUCUACGCAACGAGAGUCAUCGGAGCUCUGGAGCGGUCUGAAAAAAUCACCGAGGUUCAAGUAAGUCAUUUACUCCCAGUACUUUUGGAUGGGCUCAGGAAUUCCGUUGUUGACUUUAUCGCGAGUACUUACAUGGUUCUCACUCAAUUAUGGACCAAAGCGCGUCUUGAUGAUAAGACAAUAAGAUUUUUGCUAAGUAAAGCUCUUAAACAUCCGCCUAAUGAACUCAGAAAUGAAGUAUUGAUGCUCGUUUACUACGUCUACGAUACGCCUCAUCAUUCUUUCAAAGCAGUUUCGGACAAAAUAGUAAAUCGCAUUGUCAACAAAUCGUGGUUCUGCGAAGAGACAACCAAAAUUCGAAAUACCAAAAUUGAUACGUCUAAAUUUUUAAUUCUUUUGACUGAGAGCGCCAUAAAAAUAGUGGUAAAAGAUCCAACUGAGGCUGAAGAAGUCCAAGAAUUUAUGAUUAAUCUUUUUGAGAAAAUAAAUUUUAAUGACAAAGAAAUCGAUACUAUUUUAAAAACCACUUUAAAGCCGAGUUUGGUCUCCGGAAAGCUUUCUAUGGCUGGUAAAGAGUUUUUGAGCCAGCUGUUCAAAGCUAUCGAGACCCGGUACCCGGUGCGCUUCGACGAGUAUCUCAAAAACUUGAUGGAAAAGAGCGAAAAAGACCUAGAAGCCAAAAGUAUUCUCCAAUUUCUGACAUCCUGGCACUCGGGAACGAGAGACACUAAAAAAUCAAUGGAGAUUUUAAGCAGAUUGUUCCACUACAGCGCUGACCAAAGAGUCCUGGCUUUGAACACUCUCUCCACAGAGACUCUGCAUAUCAGCGACGGGUUCCAGGAGCUGUUAAACAACGCCCUGCUCCAGAGAUUUAACGACGAAGAUGUAAGAGUUGUCAAAGCUCUUUUGGACUUUCCGGUAAAGCGGCUGCAGAGUUUGUUUUCCACCGAAGUUCUAGUGGACAAUUUGAUGAUUCUACUGUCGCAGUGUCACACGGCGAAGCGUCACACCCUGGCUAGUCCAGCGUUGAAAAUUUUACUUGAAGUCUGGGACGAGGGAGACGACACCAGUAUUUUCAUCGCGACUCUGCCGUAUUUAUUCCCGAGCUGCGUUGAAGAAAUUACACUGGCGUUGCAAAUUCUUAAUUCAGAAUUCGCUAAUAAGAAUAAAUUAUUGCAGAAGGUAAAGGAAAAUUUAGGACCUCAUAUACUCGCGAAAGAUCCGAUAGUCUCUGGAAUAACAGCGGAAGAAAUUGGGUCAACUGCUUUUCACAAUAUGAUCAAUUGGGAAUUGAUACCUCCUACUGAAAAUAUUUUGUCUACUAUGAAAUUGUCUGAUAAUGUCGACGCGACAGCUGUGUUUUUUAAUCUGAUGCUUCUCGGGUCAGUUGUCCGAGUUCCAGUUAAGAAAUUGCCACCAAAAACAGCGCUGGAAGUUAUUGAAAUGGUCGCUAAAAUGAUAAAACAGUACCCCAAGGUCCAGGUUAUGCCUGAGUACAAUCAACUAAACGGACAAAACAUCCACGAAGCUCUUAAAAUGACUUCCAAAGAAAUUCUACCACUCCAAGCUGGUACCGGAGUCCUGGAACAAGUCCACAGGCGCUUUGAUCUCCAGUCAAAAUUGAACUUAGACUUUGAAAACGAUCCCGAAAACGCUAAUCUUAUUUUACGGACCCUCGAGAUUCUGUUUGACGGCAUGGCUUCGUCUAUUCACAAAGCUCACUACUCUUGGUGCGUAAAAUUAUUUUUUCAACGUCACUUUUCUUCAGCGUCAGACUUACUGCGCUUUUUGUCCCAAUUUUUCGUCAAACCUGUAGCACCUCAAACUUCAUUCCACUGCUUGCAAAUCGCUUUGGCAGUUUUGUCGCACUCUAAGUCAUUCCAGUGGAUUCACCAGGACAAGACCUUCAUCGCAAAUUUAUUAAUAGCUUUAUCAAGACCGAAUCCAAGAUGUCGCGAAGCAGCAUUGACUAUUUUAAAGCGCAUCACUCAGACCUUCAACAUCUCCAUGGAGGGAGCGUCAGUUCUUCUGAACCAAAUCUCCAACCGAGAAUCUGAAAUUUUACUGGACCCCGAGCAGCUUCGAGUCGUUCUCUACCUUACAUUAUCUCCAGACCCAGCUAUCAAGUCGCAGUUCAAAGAAAAUGAAUGGGAAAAGCUUCAAGACACCCGAGAAUUUUUAUUCAACAUAAUUUUAGACGACAGUGUGCCAAUUCACACCUCAGCCCAGCUCUUGGAAGUGCUAAUUUUCGUAAACGGACCAAAGGUGCUCCAGGAACUGGCUCCUAAAGGCGUGAGACUUCUCAAGCAGCUGAAGGAGUUCCCAGAUAAAUUCUACACUAAAUUAGCGCUCAGCAAUAUCUUGCAGAGGUUCGAGAGCAGCACAGCAGAAGCUCUGAAGCAAGAAUACACCUGGAAACUCUUCGACCAAGCAAUUGUCACUCACCGAGUCGAAAUUCCCUGGAAAGACAAGCAGAAGUCUCCCAGCAUCGUCAUCUUGAAGCAAAUUGACCAGAGCUUCUACGACAAAGUCAGCAAAGUUGUCCCGGGGCUUGAAAAAAAAAUAAUCGGCAAGCUUGUGGACAUUGUAGCUGACUGUGAGGUCGGUAGCAUUGUUACAGCAGCCACCCGGGUGGUCAAGAGGAUCCAGAUUGACGCCCAGCUGAUAGUAGAUGAGCUCAGGGCGAUGAAGGAAGCCAAGCUACCUGAAGAAGACACUUCCCAGCAGACUCCAGCGCAAAGACGACGAUCUCAGCGCAUGAAGCGCAUCCACUUGCGACCGGAGAUCAUCAACACCCGAGAGUGGAGGCGUGGAAUCACUGUGCUAGAAUUCAUCCAAAGAGGUGAUAAUCAGGAGCUCAAUGUCAACAAUCAGGAGCUUUUAUUGCCAGUUUUGUUUGAACUUCUUCGACUGUGUAUUGCCUUUGAAGAGCAGAGUCCUCUUGAGUACACCAACCAGCUGCUGCUCUCUGCGAUCAAUUAUUUGUCCUCCAAAGGACUACCCAUUCCAGAUCCUCACCAGCAAGUAGAUCUUAUUUCUCAGUGCAUAAGAAUUUCCCAGAAUCCUGGAACUCAUCAUCAUGCUCUGCUGGUCCUGGUGGAAUUAUUCAAAGUUGCUGAUAUUUCAACAGCCUUGCACAACAUCAUGCCGAUCUUUACUUUCAUGGGAAGCUCUGUUCUUCGCCAAGACGACGCUUAUUCAAUUCAGAUUAUUUCUAAAACUAUCGAGACUGUCGUGCCGAUUAUUAAUGCCAAUAAUGAUGAAACUCACGCCUGUGAAAUUCUUCGAAUUUUUGUUAUUUCUCUACCAGAUAUUCCUGAACAUAGAAGAAUUCCGAUAUUUACUAAGCUACUACAGCUUUUGGAUAAUCACCUUCACUUGUUCUACCUUCUGACUUUUGAAAGUCAUGUUUUGAUUCCAGGAAAAGACUCUCAGUUGCAACAAACUUCAUCACAGAGGCUUGAAUUCGCGCUUAGUAUUUCUCAAGAGUUUCCCGCUAAAACUUUGAUCGACGUCUGUGUUAAAUUAGUCGAAUUUAUGAAGAUUUUGCCAGUGGAGAUAAAAGAUAACCAUAGACAGCACAUUGUCUUUACAAAAAAUUACAUUUUUGACGUCAGUAAAAAUUCUCCUAAGCAAUUAAGACACUACAGAUACACAAUUGUCCAAUUUUUGAGCGCACUUUUGUCUUCUCAGGAUUUUGUUGACAAAGUAGCACUCUUAAGCGACAAAGAUCUCUCACAAAUCAGACCUUUGUGUGAAAAUUUGAUUGUGGAGCUGAUAGUCAUCAUCCAGAGUGCGUCUAAGAGUGCGGACUCGGCUCAAGGAAAGCCGACGGAAAAAUACUGGAAAGUGCUUUUGCACAACUUGUAUGAAAUUUUAUCAGCAGUGAACAGUCUUCUGCCGAGUGAAGUCUUUGUAAUGAGCGUAGAGAAAUUGAUCAACCAUGAUUUGCUCACAGUAAGACGUAAAAUUCUGGAAUUACUUAACGCGCGGCUCCAGCAGCGCAAGUUUGCGGAACAAAACCGCACACAGCUGAUAACUUUGGUAAAACCUUUGAUGGAAAUAGUCGGCAAGCAUGGAAAAAUGCUGAGCCAAGAGAUGGAAGUCGUUCAGCAAACAGCUCUCAUCACUCUGAAGCUCCUGGCCAAGCUAUUGGCCUUUGAACACCCAGAAGAGUUCACGCCAGUUUUGAUACUCACCACCAAGUACAUGAGCGCGAAAGAAGGACCGUUGUUAGGAUCUGUUGUGCUCUGCGUCGCGGAACUCAGCAGUGCGAUGAAAAUCCACGCGAUUCCUCUGUUGAGCAAAUUCAUGCCUGGGAUAAUUAAGCUCGUAAAGACUCACUGUCAUCAAGAGUCUCCGGAUAUUGUUGUGGUUAGUAUAAUCAGCGCGCUGCAAAAGAUCGUCGAUUCUUUCGCAAGAUUCUUGUCCAGCUAUCUUGACGAACUUCUUCUCGAAUUAUGCAGGCUUAAUAUUCUUUACACAGACCCAGAUCAUCCUAAAAUAGGAAUUGUUGUUGCUAAACUCAAAGCGACUUGUCAGAAAAUUUCUUCAGACGUCAGAUUGUCGCCAUUGUUGCGCAUAACUGGAGAAGUUUAUGAUUCUGUUAAUAAAAAGGGGCAGAACUACGCGCUAAUCCCGCCUCUGAUGGCCAUUUUGUCAGACGCCUUUGCAGGCUUAACGCGUGUAACUUUAAAAGGGGUUAAAAGCGAACUAACUUCGUUUUUCUUGAAGUUUUUACAGUUCCGCGAGAAGAUAGGAACUACUGAUGCCAUGGAGACUGAUGAUGAACAAAAUGAAAUCGCUAAAAGGAUUUAUAUGGUUGAAGAAAGCGUAAGCAAGGCUUUGAUCGCCUGGGUGCUGAAAUUUGACGUAUUGACUCUUAAAGAUUUUUACAGAAAAGAGUUGCUGCCUUGGACCAGAGGAGAAUCGGAGCUCAAGUGCAGGAAGAUUAUCUUCUACAGGUUGUCUUCGAAUGUUAUGGACGGAAUCAACGAAUUGUCCGAGUCUUCGCCUGAGUCUUCUUCCACGGCCUUGACAGAGUUGGUCUCUGCUGUACCGAACUUCAUGCUGCCGCUAGCGGCGCCACUGCUCAAAGACAACAACUUGAAGGUCAAUCCGCUAGGUGACGACACUUUCAAGGAGGAGUUCUCCCGUGUUGAAGUCACGGAGGCCAUUUUGUCGACGCUGAAGAAGAUUUUUAAAAUUGUUCCGAGUAAUGCUAUUAACUUGGAGUGGUUUGAUAUUUUGAUACAGCCGAUUGUCGACCAGAUUGAGAAUGUUAUGGGAAGCAAAGAAGAGUUUGAGGUCAGGGCUAAAGAGCUGAUUGUUCCCUGUGUGGCGUACUUUGCUGCUGCUACCCCAGAUGCUGCUGUUCAUAAGAAGAUUAUUUAUCAGACGCUGCUCAAGACUCAGCAUAAAGAGUCUCAUGUUCGCAGCACCGCGCUAAAUGCUGUUGUGGAAAUUGCCAGGAAACUUCAGGAAGACUUCAUGCCCUUCUUGCCGGAAACUGUGCCCUUCCUCGCGGAACUGCUGGAGGAUGGAGAGAAACAGGUUGAGAAGGCCACUUUGGAAGCUGUUAGAACUCUGGAAGAUAUUCUUGGAGAACCCCUACAGAAAUAUUUCUAA